AUGAGUAGAGCAUCACAAGAUAUUGAAGAUAAUAAUCAAAGAAUAAAUCUUCCACUUGAUAUUAUUCACAUGGGAUUGUAUAUCGGAGCUAUUCGUCCUGAAGAUAUUACAAUUAAUGGAGAAGAUGCUCAUAUAACAUUUGUUUCAAAUCCAAGACCACAAUUUUUAAAUGGUAGAAGAGUAUAUGGUCGUGAUGAUAUUUUUUAUGAAUUUAUGAGAAGAGUACAUAUAUUUAUGAAUAGAGAUCCACAUAAAGAGCGCAACGUUUUAGGAAAUAUAACAUCAUUCACUAUCAAUGCUGAAAAUAAAUAUAGAGCAGCUUGA